AAGAAACCGUUCCGGUCGGUUUUCUUUAUCUUGUGCGGAGUUUUUUUUUUUUGAUUUUAAACAUGUCAUGGAUUAUACGAGUUCCACUGUUGUUUGUUUCUUUGAACCUUUUGGUCGAGGUCUAUGGCAAUCCACAGCCUGGAGGCACUUAUCAUGUUCACCAUCGUAUUCACGUCCCACAAAAAAUCAAAACAAUUUAUCACACGAAAAUCAUCAAAGUGCCAGAACACCAUCACCAUUUCCACGAGAAAGAGAAAAUCAUCAUCGAAAAAGAAAAACCGAAAGAAGAAUACCAUCAUCCCAUCAUCUUGAAGGAGGAAGAGCAUCACUCUGAUUGGACUGGACUAAGUGAGGAUAGUUUUUACAAGAAGAAGAGGGACGCGAAAUUGUCAGAUGACGAGGAGGAGGAUGAUGAUGAUGAGAAGAUCGGGAGAUUGAUCCAGAAGAGGAAGAUCAAGAAGAGAAGGCUUCCGUAUAGGCAACCAUAUAUUUAUUAUAGGCCUAAGUAGACUAUAUGUAAGGAUUAGUGAGAUUUAUUGUAAUAGUUGAGGUAAUUAUUUUGUUCUAUCAGGCAGUUGAGGUUGAAUUAAAACGAUUUUUAAUGAUACAA